UUGCAUACCAUAAUGUAGUUACAUAGUUCUUAGCAAAAUAUCAAGAAAUGACAUCACUGCUGAAAAUUUCGCUGCUUUUUCCACUUUUACUAGCGUUUGAUAAAGGGAAUUCCUUGGAGUGUUAUACAUGUAUAGCUUCGAGAUAUGAACACAAUAGAUGUCAAAGUUAUACGACGAAAGGCAGCCUGCCAGUAAGCAAAUGCCAUGGAAACUCGACACAUUGUGUCUCUUUCUUUAAUGAUGAUAUCGUUGCCAGAAUAUGUGGUACUGCUCGCACUUGUGAUGAAACCAACUCAAUAGAAUGUCAUUUGUGUACUGAAAGCUACUGUAACUUUCAUUACAUGUAUCGAAGGCGGUAUAUCCGACAAGCACCAGAAAACAAUGCCACAACGACUGCUGGAAAUUCAACCGUUGAGACAGUAACUGCUACUACUGUUAUAAAUGCAACAACUGAAACAGUAAAUUCGACAUCUUCAAACUUGGAAACUGGAUCAACAAAUUCUUCUGAAAUUUCCUCUACUAUAACAAGUAACAAUACGACCUCGGCUACUGGAUCACCUUCUGCAAUAAUGACGUCUACACCUGCAAACGCGAGCACCGCAUUAUUAAACUCUUCCUCUACAACUUCCAAUUUUGGACAAACAACUCCAAAACAAGAAGACACAAAUAGUAGAGCUGCAUCAAUUUUGUUUCAAAGUAUAUUUACUACCUUUAUUAUAGUUUGUUUAUUAUUUAUAUUCUAAAGUAAUUAUUGCUUAAUAUUAUAAUGUAUUCUAUAUUUAUUCUAAUAAAACGUUAUAUAAAAUUA